AUGUCUGUGCAGGGUGUUCAUGAGGAUGUGGACAUCGGUCGAGCUUGGGCCUUUGGUGGCGGUGGUGAAAUAAACGCGACGUCGACAUCGUAUCUGUACGACGUCGAUCUGAUGCUCUUCAUCCAAGUCUUCGCUUUUGACGUGGUCGUGAUAGGGAAGGCACGCGGCCGGGCAAGCGAGCGCGUCAAGGUCAAGGUUGGAGCUCCACCUCAUCUCAUCCGACCUCACCUCACCUCUCCUACCCCACCUUCCAUAUUCAAUGAUGACACGCGACUAUUAUUGACAACAGCAAGCACGAUGAAGGACUCGCUCCACAACUCCCUCCAUCACCGCGAGCUCACGUCCCCGCGCUACUCCCACCGCCGCCUCUACGGCACCCGCUCGCUUAUCUCCGACCUCGACAUCGUCAACGAGCUCGGCGGCCACUCGGGAUGUGUCAACGCUUUGUCAUGGUCCCGAACAGGCAACCUCCUGGCAUCGGGCAGCGACGAUCAACAUCUCAACAUCCACUCCUACCAACCCGACGACAGCAAUGACCAAUUCAAACUCACGGCUACCGUGGCCACAGGCCACACGCAGAACAUCUUCAGCGUCAAGUUCAUGCCGGGACACGGAGAUCGCAUGGUGGUCACGGCAGCCGGGGAUGGUGAAGUGAGGGUGUUUGAUCUGGAGCACGGCGGUCACACUACAGAAGCCAGUGCGGCAAGCUCGUUCGCUAGCGAAGGGAGACGGCGAGGCAGGAACCGGGUCUAUUCUGGAGUAAGAUAUAUGAGUGACGGCGAUACCGACGCGAGGGUAUAUCGAAGUCAUGGCGAUCGCGUGAAGAGGAUAGUCACAGAAUCAUCCCCGAACUUAUUCCUGACAUGCUCAGAGGACGGCGAAGUGAGGCAGUGGGAUCUACGGCAACCAUCUUCAGCCUACCCAGCACCGAGCAGUAGACUGCAUGGUGAUAGAGGUGUUCCUCCUCCACUAAUCUCGUACAAAAGAUACGGGCUGGACUUGAAUACCAUCUCCUGCUCGCCAUCACAACCACAUUACAUAGCCCUAGGAGGAGCACACCUGCAUUGCUUUCUCCAUGACCGUCGGAUGACUGGACGAGAUCGACUGAGAGAGGCAGGCAGAUCGUCAUCAUCUUCGAGAGAAGAAGGCGAGCUGAUGUCGCAAGCUACACAGUGUGUGCGCAAAUUCGCCCCAACUGGACAGCAGAGGAUGAAGCGGACAGAGAAUGGGCACAUCACGGCUUGCAAGAUCAGUGAUGCGAGGCCGGAUGAGAUGGUGGUGAGUUGGAGCGGCGAUCAGAUCUACAGUUUCGAUCUGAUAAGGAGUCCUAAUGUUGGCGAGGAGACUGCGCAGACGAUGGUAGAUCUGGUGGCGAGUGAGAGAAGGAGAGCGAAGACACCCACGGAUCGGAAGAGGAAGCGCAAAACAAACGCCGAACAAGAUCACCAGGCAGCAUCAGCCCUUCGAGUACGCUACCGGAACGGCCAAACCGAGGACAUCCCAAUCACGACCCGCCGACAGUCAUUGACCGAAAAGCAACAAACAGCAUCCCGCAUAGCCAAAGCCACGACGUCAAUCCGCCAAUCUCUUCUUACUACAUCGCCAUCAGUCACAGACUUCACCUCAGCUUUAAGCCUCGCAGCUAGCAUAAUGGACGAGCUAGACGACAGCAUACGGGAAUGGGGCUAUCCUUUAGAGCCCUCUGCAUCACAAGUCCAGAUCCAGCAACAACUCCGUCGAGAUCGUGAAAGCACACGGCGCUUUGUGCAAGCAGCAGGUACUAUCUCACGAGCACUAGGUGGUAAGCUCCAGACACUCUCACACAAUCAGGAAAGUCCUCUGCUAUCAAACUUCCUGUCGAUUGAAGCUAGAAGCAGCGAGCUCCAACCACUACGUGAGGAAAUCCUGGCUUUCGACUUCACAAAAGCCAUCCUCCUUUUCCUCGAAAGCGGGGUCGGACGGUUGAUUGAAGGCUUUACCCGACCGGCGGAGAUGCCCCCAGAUGUGAAGGGUGCACAGCGAUUACCGAUCCCUAAGUCAGAGGCCACGACGGAAGCGAUAGACGACUUUCUGAUUCCGUAUCUUCUGAGAUCAGCCAACGAGGAUGCUGCCGUUCUUGACCCCACGAAGAAUCAAUUCGAGUUGGAGGAGAAUCGACGUCUGUUGCUCAGUGAAAAGCAGGCAGUCAGGGAGUUCCAGAAGGUGGUCAGGGUGCCCUUCGCGGACUUGUCCUCCCUUGCAGCAACUUAUGAGCACGCAGGUGACGCGCAGGAUCGAAGUACAACAAGACAGUUCUGGUUGGGUAAGGUAGCGAGGAGCCUUCUGCUGAGCAUAUCGGAAAGGCUAGACGAGGUUCGUGUAGAUCGUGCGUUCGGUGGUGUCAGUCUUACAGGUAGCCAGCAGCAAGAUGCUGAACGGGAGGAGGAGGGAGACGAAGAUGAUGAUGCUGUCUUGGAUGAUAUGGAAUUGCUGAAUGAAGAUGGGGAGGCUGCAAAUGGCGCAAAUGCAGAUGAUAUGGCAGCUGCCAUGGCCGAAGCGCGGGAGGAGGAUGAAGAGACCAUGGAGCUGAACGAAGAGGACAUGGAAGACAUAAUAAUGGACGGUGAUGAAGCAGCCUUCGAAUCCGCCUCCGACUCCGAAGACAGUGAAUCUUCAGAGCCGGAUGAAGAAGACGACGUCCCCAAUGCGCGCCGCCACGGUUUCCCACGCUUCAUGUAUACCUCCGCUUUCUCCCGCCGCCGCGACAAGGAAAAGGUCCAGCCUCAUACUCCCUGUAACCCCUCGACACGCAAGUACACCGGCCACAACAAUACUCGCACAGUGAAAGAUGUGAACUUCUUUGGUCCCGAAGACCAAUACGUAGUCUCCGGAAGCGAUGAUGGAAACUUCUUUAUCUGGGAUCGACAGACCGCAGAGUUGCUUUAUGUGGGCGAGGGAGAUGGCGAGGUGGUGAAUGUGGUGCAAGGGCAUCCGUAUGAGACGAUGAUGGCCGUCAGCGGAAUUGAUCAUACUAUCAAGAUUUUCUCUGCCGACUCUCGCGCACGGGCGAAGGCGAGGUUGGGCGAUGGUGUGACAGCUAGCGAUGCCAGCCAAUUCUCAUCGCUUGCAUUUCCGCACCGCAUGAGCGGGAGGCGAAGGUCAACUCGUCCUAGCAACGGCGAACAGGCGAGUACGGUGACGUCUGAGCCAGCGCAAGCCUCUUCAGCAGCGACGGAUGCCAUGAUCUCGGAUUCCGAGGAGGGUGAAGCGUAUGUGGCUCCCACAGGCUUGGCGAGUAGGAAGCGCAUGCAUGAUGCCUAUCGGAUCAUGAACGCCAAUGAUGUUGAGAGGCGAGGGGGUGGGAAUCAGGAUAACUAUAUUACCAUUCCUCAGGCGCAGUUGUUGCAGAUGUUGUUUGGGAUACAAGGAGGGUGA